AUGUCAUUUAAUAAUAAUUCAACAACAACAAAUAAUUCUGUUACAAAAAAUUCUUCUUUAAAUAUUCUUGAUAAAGUUAAACAAUUUUUACCUCAAAUUGCAGAAGCAAAUGAAAAAUUAAAAAAUGAAGAAACGAAGAAUUCUGUUUUAAUUGAAAAAUUUGAGGAAGAAUCCAGCAGUAUUUCUGAAAAUGAGACGAGUAGUAGUGAAGAUUCUGAUGAAGUGGCAAAUGAGGAUUUUUGUGAUUCUGAUGAUGAACUUCAGUCAAAGUCGUUUAACGAAGAGUCAAAGCAGUUUGUUCAAUUUGACGUUCACCUUUUUGAAGAAGAAGAUGAAAAUAAUAAAGUAAAAAAACUUGUAUUGGAAACGAGUAAAAUUGAUUAA